AUGAGUCAUUUGCUUUGGAAAUACUUCUGGGAGAACGAUGUCGACAAGUUUCGGCGUCUGCUGGCUUCGGCCGGCCCCAAUACCCAGGCGACAACAAGGAGUCCAGCGGUAGGCGUUGGAACACAUCUUGGAGCGAGUCCCGGUAGCAUCGGGACUUCACCAAGGACUACCAUCAAACCGCCGGAAGUCAACAGUCGUGACCAUGCCGGACUGACGCUAUUGCUGCGCGCAUCUUCUUCUACCGAUCCGAACGCCCUGGCCUUCGUUCAGGCUCUACUCGAGCACCCCCAUAUCGACCUGUACGCUCAAGAUCCUGAAAGCGGCUGGAAUGCCCUGCAUAGGUCACUGUACGCUGGAAAUGCAUCAAUAGCUAGAGCGUUACUGGCAAAGGAGCGUGGGGAUCUGCUCAUCAAGACCAAGGAUCACGAAGGAAACAGUCCGUUUGACCUCUAUAACUCGACGAUUGCUGCGAGAUCGUUACGUCACACGAUGGUUCAGUCUUUGGACGAUGAUGAUUCGGACCUUGGUGACGGGGACUUUGACCAAAGUGCUUCUAAAUUUAUGCACGCCAACAAACAUUAUGCCGAGGGAGAUGAACUCUUCAUGUUUGGAAGCAACAAGAACCUUUCCCUUGGGGUUGGGGAUGAGGAUGACCGACAGUAUCCUGAGCGGAUAAUGCUACAACGGUCAGACCAAUCCAUCCGCCGCUUCUAUGAUGAUUACCUUACACAGAAACAUGUGGAUGCACCGCUCAAUGACGUGGCCAUGUCAAAGCUGCACACUGCUAUUCUUACCGAUGACCCGAUAUCCAACCUUUAUGUUUGUGGCGUUGGUCGCGGCGGAAGACUCGGACUUGGGGACGAGAAUACACAAUUUAAAUUCGCCCCUCUCUCCGGGCCAUUUGCAGAUAAAAAGGUUUCUCAGGUUGCCCUUGGGCAGAACCACUCAAUGGCAGUCGUUGGAAACGGCGAGCUGUGGACCUGGGGCCUCAAUUCCGAUUCGCAACUUGGCUACGUGCUGCCUCCUCCUCUGAGGACAGAUGAAGAGCCGAUGAGCCUCGUCCCGCGGCAGGUUUUCGGCCCUCUCAAGAAAGAGAUCGUCCUUGGUAUCGCUGCAUCAUCCAUACAUUCGGUUGCUCACACUGGAUCGUCGUUAUACUGCUGGGGCCGCAAUGCGGGCCAGCUCGCCCUUAUGGAUUCUGAUUCUAGAUCACUGGAUCUACAGCAGACGCCUCGCAAAGUUGCCGCUUCUCUUUUGUCGGCGCCGAUUGAAAUGGUUGCCGCGAUUGACAGGGCCACCACCUGCUUGUUAUCAAAUCAUCAAGUUUGGGUAUUCACCAAUUACGGAUACAGUCUCGUAAGGUUCGCCUUCCCCGACGUUGCCCUUAACCGCAGUCUCAAUGCAAGCGUCUUCUCCACCAAGUUCGACGUAUCGCGAAGAGAUAUUCGAUACAUAGCAGCUGGUGGUGAGACGAUCGCUGCAGUCACGGCUCGUGGCGAUCUCUUCACCAUGCAAGUGAGUAAUAAGGGAGAUGCUGGAGCCCCAUUUGGCUCCACGACCAACCCCGUCAAAAUCAAGAGUGCGGUUUCCCAGCCGCAGUGCAUAUGGGAUUCAGGAAAAGACGGUGUUACAUCGGUCAGCGUUGGGGAGCAUGGAUCUGUCAUCAUCUGCACAGCAUCUGGCGCUGUCUGGAGGAGAAUAAAACGCCUCAAGGGCAAGAUCGAAUCCAUUGUCGAUUCUGGCGAUGUCAAGAGAAAAGACUUCAAGUUUCAGCGUGUUCCUUACAUCACGGAUUGCGUGGCUGUGCGCAGCUCUACUUUCGGGGCGUUUGCUGCCAUUCGAAAGGAUAGCAAAGUCAUGGCCCAGGAAAUUCACAUUUCCGAGCAGAAUCUCUGGAACGAUAUGGGCUCUCUCCUUUGCUUGAAGGACUUCUACACUCCCGAAAGCAGCUCUGAGAGUGACUCAUUACGGAAAGCUUGGAACGCUUCUAUCAUCAGAGAGGGUCCUGGCACUAUGGCCCAUCGGAUUCUAAGCUCUUCUGAUAUCGAAACGGACAUGCUUCAUUGGCUACAAGCCAACUCGUUCUUAUACGAUACCGACCUAGAGAUUCGCACAACUGCCGCGCCAGAUAUCAGGAUACCGGUGCACGGCUGGCUUCUCUCUGGAAGGAGCUCCGUCCUCCGCCAGGCUCUGUCAGACUUUCGGCUUGAUGGCUUCCAGCCACAAUCGGACACAUUUGCCUUGGAAAUUAUCAAUGACAAGGUGGUGCUGACUCUGCUCCACAUUGACAUAUUCACAAUGCUGAAUAUUGUGGUAUACGCCUACCAAGACAACAUUAUUCCCGUGUGGAAAUACACGCGCGAAGCCCCGGCUCUAGCCCAUCGCUUCCGCCAAGUUCGAACGGACCUAAUGAAAGUCGCUACAAAGCUCAACAUGCCGAAACUGGAGGCCGCUGCUCGGCUGCAGGCAGGCCUGGAGCGAACGCUUGAUGUCGAUUUGCAGGAAGCAAUAACCGACCCCUUGUUCUUUGAGGAUGGCGAUGUGAUAUUAGAACUGGAUGGGGACGAAGUGAUGCUCCACAGUCAUCUCUUGUGCCAGCGCUGUGCAUUUUUUGAUGGAAUGUUCAACGGUAGAUCACAAGGACAAUGGCUAGCUGGUCGCCGCGACGCAAUGCAGCACGUCGAGCCAGUUCGGAUUGACUUGAAGCACAUUCACCCGGAGACAUUCUCCUAUGUGCUCAACUUUUUAUAUGGAGAUAUUGGUGAAGAGAUAUUCGAUGAAGUGAUGGCUACGUCGAUUGACGAAUUCUCAGAACUCGUCCUGGAUGUGCUCAGCGUGGCCAACGAGCUCAUGAUUGAUCGGCUGUCACAAAUAUGCCAAUCCUUAAUUGGCAAAUUUGUAACCAAUCGCAAUAUAUCGAAUCUCCUGAAUGAAAUCAGCGCUUGUUCAGUGGCGGAGUUCAAGGACACUGGGCUGGAGUAUAUCUGCUUGCAGCUAGAAUCUAUGCUCGAGAAUCAUUUCCUAGACUCCCUCGACGAAGAACUAUUGUACGAACUGGAUAGCAAGGUUCGAGACAAUCAGCUCGCGUGCUUCCCAAUUGCAAAGAGCGGUCGAGCGGAGCUGCUGCUCCACGAGAAGUACCCCGACCUAGUGGUUGAUAUUGAAGAAGAAAGAAGGCGUCGUGUCAAAGAGAUGGCAUUUAAGCACGCUCAGAAGGAGGAAGAGAGAAGAUUAUCCUCUGUAUACAAGCCACGCUUUGGAAGUCUGGAUGAUCUUGCGCGAGGGUUAGAGACCCCUGAGAAACACACCAGACAGUCAAGGAGUGGUCGGAAUGAGCCAUUCAGUCCGACUUUACGCCCCAAGGAUUCCCAAGCCGAUAUGAUCUUUGAUAUGGAUGAUGAAGCACCCUCUGGAGGAAGCAGAAUCGUGUCUCCGCAGCUAUCGCCCCCUUUGACCCGCACCGAUACUGAUGCUGGAUCGAUCUCGAGGCUCCCGACAGAGUGGAAGAGCUCAAAAGGCAAAGACAAAGCCGAGACACCGCAGUCGCCUGUUCCAAGCCUGCCUUCUCACCAGCAGCCGACUAUCGACUCGGCGCCUGUUUCCAAAGAUGUUAGGAACGAUGUAGAAUCCCCAUACUCAACUGCCAACCCUCCGUGGGCCUCUGCGGCACUGCCUACUGCUAAACUAGAUCUGAAGGACAUUAUGUCUGAGGCUUCCGGAAAGUCAGCGUUGACGGCCGCCUUAUCGGCACAGAUGACAAAGGACUCGUCUAGUAAACCGCUUUCCAAAAUGUCACAGAAAGAACGCAAGAAACAGAUGCAGAUGCAGCAGGAAUCACAGGUCGCAGCGCAAGAAGAGCAGGCUAAAGCAAUACCGUGGGAAACAUCAUCGUCUAAGAAAACUCCGCCACCAUGGAAAGCAGCAACGCCCGUUCCAAAGACUUCACUGCAGCAAGCGAUGGCGUCUGACGUUGCACAGCGAAACGCAAUAUCUACCAAUGUCAAGCCUCUGGUUGCAUCUGAGUCUAAUCCUCGAUCCACGCCGAGACGGACAGCUUCCCCAGAUACUCGAUUCCCCGGACAGGGGCGUCCUGGCAACCCACAGGUAACAGCCCAAACAAGCGCUGGAGCGGAAAAACAACAGCAGAAGCCUCUGAUACCUCACUCCAAAUCUUACAUUAAGCCGGCACAAAAGACGGAGGCGACGUUGGGGUUGAGCAUGGCAGAUAUCAUCGGGCAACAGCAAAGAGAGCAGCAGCAGGUCAAGGAGGCAGUGGCAAAGCGAUCUCUCCAGGAGAUUCAACAAGAACAAGCCUUUCAGGAGUGGUGGGACCAAGAGAGUCGUCGUGCGCAGGAAGAGGAGGCCAGGCGGCACAGUCGAGCAAAGGGCAAGGAGGAGCAGGGAGGAGGAAGACGUGGCCGCCGGGGAAGGGGUGGAAAGGCUCGAAGCACACCCAAGACCGGCGGUAAUGCAUCUCGGGGCCGAGGUAGAGGGAAGACGAACAGAGGUGGAAUGUAA